GACGUGUGUUCUGAUUAGCUUAAAGGGCCGAUGAGUUUGGUAACUUGUUAGCAGAACUCACAGUAGUAUUUACUGAUUCAUCAGAGUUACAGAUGUUUAAUAUAAACCUGGAUUAGGACGUUUAGCCGCUGACAGCAGAUUAAAUUAGUGAUGUUUAACUUCAGAUGAAGAGAAACGGACAGAUUUCUGCUCCAGGGUUCUUUCACAGCUGUGGUCUUUGCUGGAGUUGGGAGUGUGAGGAGAAGCAGGGUCUAAGAUGGGGAGCUGAAGGAUCAGAACCAUCUGAKCAGAACCCUGUGGAGGUGACUACAGCUGGAACAGGUCCAUCAUGCACCUGAAGUCGUAUCCGAAGCACAUGCGGUCUGAGCUGUGUUUGGACGCCGCCAGCGUUCAGGCGCUGUCCCAGCGGGGCCAGCAGGGGGCGCUGCUGAGGACGGUGAGCGGUUCCCCUGGCACCGCCCGCCUCCCGUUCAGCAUCAUCUCCACCAACACGCUCCGCUGCAGCAACGUGACCUCAGUCUGUCUGAAAGGACGCGGUGGCCCCGCCCCUCCACCUGGCUGCGAGAACACCACACCUGGACCGGCUCAGACCACCGAGGACACGGACAGUCCGCAGAACGUGUGGACCGUCAUAAAACCGGGACACGUGCGUGAGAAGAUAGCUAUCUUUACGUCAGAGGACAGACAAACGGACGGAGCUGAGAUGACAUCGGGAAGCGGCGCCACCAGCUGGGACCGAGAAGAAACGGCGUGCACCACCGGCGCCGCUCUGACCGGAUCCCCGCGGGCCGCUAAAGCUAAAGGCAGCUGGCAGGAAAACAGCUCUGCCAAGAGGCGCCGCAGGUCGGGGAACAACCCGAACCUCCAGCAGGACCAGAGGACCCACUUGUUGAAUGAACAGCAGCAGGUCCUCAGACCGGCUCCGACGGACCCGACCGGACCGCCAGGCGGCGAGCAGCGCGGUGGUGCAGUGGCAGAGGAGGAGCCGAAGGUUUCUGUCGUGGAGAUGGUGGCCAUCUUGGAGCAGAGGGCRAAUGAGCUGAAGCCAGACCUGAAACCUCUGCUGACCCUCCAGAGGAGCUCCACCACCAUCACGCUGACCAGAACCAUCCGGGUCCAGGUCCGGCAGGAGGAGGAGCUGGAGMCGGUGCGCGUGUCCCAGAUGGUGGCCCGGCUGGAGUCCGAGUGUCUGAGGAGGACGGAGGGGGGUCUGUCCAGAAACAACAGCCUGAGGAGGGCCGUGGGCCGGGUCCUGCUGGCCUCCCCGGAGCAGAACUUCACUUCCUGCCAGCCUUCAUCACCAUCAUCAUCAUCAYCACUGUCUGAGGGGCGGGGCCAGGAGCCAAUCAGCUGUUCUCAGACGCUCAGGGUAGAGGCUGCUYCCUCCCCAGAGGUAACUGUGCCCCAGUCAGGUCAGCUGGGGGCGGAGCCUCAGGAGGCUGUAGCCCCUCCUCUUCAGUCUGAGGAGGCGGAGCCACUGCCUGGCCUCCUGUUUGUGUCUCAGCCUCCGCAGAAGGCCGACGCCCCCCACUACAAAACAAGCUUUUACUUUGAGCCCACCCCGUCUCAUGCCUCCCCCUGUGACUCUGCCUCCGCCUUGCCCUGUGACUCCGCCUCCCCCCAUGACUCCGCCCACCCCGCAGAGAAGCUCKCUGUGUGCGGGACCACCUGCCCCCCCGCGGCGCCCCUCGGCCGGAGCGGCUCGGCGUCCCGGGACUUCCUGGAGCUGCGGCAGCGGCUGCAGCAGCUGCUGGCGCCGCAGCCGUACCUGUCGGUGCUGCCGCACCACCUGCUGGUGAAGAUCCUGCAGCUGCUGCCCACCCAGAGCCUGGCCGCGCUCACCUGCACCUGCAGCUACUUCAAGCUGGUCGUCGAGACCUACGGCGUGCGGCCCGCCGACUCRCUCUGGGUGUCGGACCCCCGGUACCGCGACGACCCCUGCAAGCAGUGCAAGAGGCGGUACCGGCCCGGGGACGUGUCCCUGUGCCGCUGGCACCACAAGCCCUACUGCCAGGCGCUGCCCUACGGGCCGGGCUACUGGAUGUGUUGCCACGGCGUCCGGAGGGACGCGCCGGGCUGCAACGUGGGUCUCCAUGACAACCGCUGGGUGCCGGCCUUCCACAGCAUCAACGCGCCCAUCUACAGGCGGAGCUGUUUCCAUGACAACUGAGUGUGUGUGUGUGUGUGUCCGGAUCGACUGUCUGAGGCCUCCUGUUCAUCCGUUACUCAGCGACUUCGUCCAAUCAGAUCUGUUCUUACUGCAGCCUCCUGUCUGUGCAGAGCAGAACCCUGCAGCUGUGGUUUGGUUCUGUUCUGAUCCAAAGUCCAGGUUCUGUUUGAAGUGAGAGCAGCUGCUGCCUCAGUUUACCCACGAUGCAACACUUCUCCUGAAACACCUGAGUUAUCAGCAGGUAAAACCUGUUCAGACAGAAGGACGUCAGAAACUGAAACACUUUGAUUAAAUGUCUCUUUUACAACAACAAACGUUUAAUUUACAGAAACUCUUUCAAAAACUGAAAAUAUUAAAUUAAAUGGAAGAAAGGGAUUUCAGUUUGUCUCCCUGAGGUGUGGCACCCCUGCUGCCUCAUGCUCCGCCCCCUCAUGCUCCGCCCCCUGCCUCUUGCUCCACCCCCUCAUGCUCCGCCCCCUGCCUCCUGCUCCACCCCCUCAUGCUCCGCCCCCUGCUCUGCCUCCUGCAGGUUUACCUCUCAGGUCAGACGUAGAGGCGGGCUCUGAUCCCUGACCAGCAGUCAGCUGGACUUGUUUUUUCUGAAGGAGGGAGGAUUCCCGACCAGGACUCUUCUCUGUGGAACCAGAACCAGAACCAGACAGCUGAUCUGCUCAGGUUCUGCAGGACGGUCAGAUCAGAUGUUAAACUGAGUCCAGCCUGUAAGCAGACGGCAGGUUGGAAGAAUAAAGUCUGUUGGUUCUGGUGGUUCUGGACAGAACCUGUGUUUUCUUCAGACCUGGUCUAAAGGAACCCGUGUGGUUCCAUCAGAACCAGCUGGUUGCUGUGGGCGGUCCGGUGCCGGAUGGUUAGUUUAGUUUGGACCGGCUGACUGAUAAUCAGACGUGGCCUUUGAGUCGAUGCAAUAUGAGGAAGUGGACCCUGAAGAAAAGUUUUAAAAGAUUAUCGGGAGAAAAAGUCCGUUUGGACUUAAAGUUUAGUUUUUAUUUGUUGGUUUUUGUCUGCUGGAUAUUUUUCAGUUAAAGAUGUUUUGCUUUAAUAAAGAACUUUCUCAUCUGGUUCAGGUUGAAAACA